CCACUCCGCAUUACCAUUCCAUUAGGUUUGUAAAUAAGACGAGUAGUACUAGUAGAGGCAGCAACGCCAUGAUCUUGCCCUUGUUUUUCAAGCAGCGCACCAGAAAUAAGGACUUGUUAUAUUCCCGCCGCCAUCUCGAAGCUCGCAUGCCUCUUCAUGACGAUCUCCUCCUCAACGGGUAUUACACGAUCGGAACGCCGCCGCAGCAGUUCUCUCUCAUAGUUGCCACUGCCACUUCUCUUACUUAUGUUCCUUGCUCCACUUGCCAACUCUGUGGAAACCAUCAGAAUCCAAGGUUCCAACCGGAAGCGUCAAAAACCUAUAAACCUCUCAAGUGCAACACUGAUUGCACCUGUGAUAGUGAUACACAACAAUGCACUUAUGAAAGGCAAUAUGCUGAAAUGAGCACUACCAGUGGGGUCUUGGGAGUAGACAAAUUUUCAUUUGGCAAUCAAAGUGAUCUGCAACCGCAGCGUGCUACUUUUGGAUGUGAGAAUUGGGAAACAGGCGGUCUUUACACCCAACAUGCUGAUGGAAUCAUGGGUUUAGGACGUGGAGAUCUUAGUAUCAUGGAUCAGCUUGUCAAGAAAGGUGUAAUCAGUGAUUCGUUUUCCUUGUGCUAUGGUGGAAUGGAUGUCGGUGGUGGUUCAAUGGUUCUUGGACGGAUUUCCUCCCCUAAGGAGAUGGUUUUUACACGUUCAGACCCUGUUCGCAGUCCAUACUACAAUAUCGAGCUGAAUGAGAUUCGUGUUGCUGGGAAAAAGCUGCCCCUAAAUCCCAAGGUUUUUGAUGGCAAAUACGGAACUGUUCUGGAUAGUGGCACAACCUAUGCUUAUCUUCCACAAGCAGCAUUCGAGGCCUUUGAAGCAGCUAUUUUCGAAGAAACCCAAUCCCUCACAAGGAUACAAGGUCCUGACCCUAACUAUAAUGAUAUCUGUUUCGCAGGUGCUGGAAGUGAUCCUGCAAAAGAUUUUCCGUCUGCUGAAAUGGUAUUUGGCAAUGGACAGAAGCUGUUGUUGGCCCCCGAAAAUUAUCUGUUUAGACACACAAAGGUGCAUGGUGCGUACUGUCUUGGGAUCUUCUCGAAUGGAAAGGAGUCAACCACUCUGUUGGGAGCUAUAAUUUUCCAAAAUACACUCGUAACAUAUGACCGAGAACAUGAAAAGGUUGGUUUCUGGAAAACCAAUUGCUCUGAGCUAUGGGAGAGACUUGAGUCAUUGCCUGCCUCGUCGUCACCUCUUCCUUCAGAUGCAGAUAAGGUGAAUUCAACCACUAAGAUUGCGCCAACAGGACCCCCUCAACCCCAAGCUCCAGGGGAAGUUAAAAUUGGCCUGAUAAAAUUCUCUAUGCUGUUGAACAUCAACUACACGGAGUUGAAGCCUCACAUCUCAGAACUCAUUCAGUUCAUUGCAAAGGAUUUAGAUGUUGAGCCUUCUCAGGUUCAAUUGACGAACUACACUUCUGGGGUGAAUGGGACACUAUUAAGAUGGGCUAUUUUACCAGCACAUUCUGAUGAUUAUAUCUCUAAUGCUACCGCUAUGAAAAUUGUAUCCAGGUUGAGUGGAAAUCAGAUGCAUCUCCCUGAUAGUUUCGGAGGCUACAAAUUGUCUGAAUGGAGCAUGGAGCCGCGGCCGCCACCUGAGAGGACAUGGUGGCAACAACAUCACUUGGCUUUAGUCAUAGCAUUUGUUGCAGUGGUGGUAAUUGGAUUGCCGGCCUCCAACGUGCUAACUUAAGAAUCAGAUGCUGAGAAAUUUACGUGGUCACAUUUUUUAACAAGUACUGUAUUAUAUAGUGGCCAAAAUGAUUUAAGUUAUGAUUUUUUUUGUCAUUUUAAGGGGAAAAUGUAUAAACUAUUCUUUGACUUUUCAUCAAGAUCGGACAGAGCUUUACCAUAGUUUUCUCAUUUUCUUGUCAGCUUAGACAUAUUUUCAGAUUUUGUUUUCUUUU